GUGGGGGUGUGGUGAGGUUAAGAGGGUGUGUGAGCAGGCAUUGGGAGGUAUUAGCUGGCAAGGGCACCAAGUACCACGUGUGUGUAUGUGUGUGCUUCUGAGGGGGGGCUGGUAGAUGGAGAUGAAGGAGAUGGUCUAGUGCCAGGGAGAUGUGUUGCUCCGAAAUUUGUCCGAGAUUUCGUUUUGAUCAGUUCGCCCAAAUCUAUGGUUUUAUUUUUGGUGGGGGGGCUUCGUUGUUUGGGGUAUACUCAGACAAACAGGCAGACAGACUGGAGCACCGCCAAGGCUUCUCGGGAAGGUUGCCAUGCCGAGAGAGAGAGAGAGAGAGCAGAGAGGGAGAGGAAGAGAGAAAAGCCAGGCGAGACUUGGCAGGGUUCUAUAGCAGCUCCCUUUGUCUGUUUGCUCAGCUUUGCGCUAAGGAAAUCAAAAAUACCCAGGGUGUAGGAGCUCUGCUUCAAUGCGAAAAAACAAAACCAAACAAGAAAACAAGGUGAGAACUACUUUGAAAAAUUUUAGGUUGCAGAGGGUGAAUGGGUGCGCAAGCAGAGUUACCAAAAAGCGAUUUUGUAAUUCUAGCAAAACUACACAAUGCUGAUUUUUGACUGGAGCAAGUUUCUUGAGCCAAGACAUGACCAUGUAAUUUCAACUAAACCUGUCUUUGUAUUUUCAAGGCGACUGAAGCCGCCAUCGCUGACGCAUCUGCCUUCUCGGUCUAUGUCUUUGAACACAUAUACUCUCAAAAGUGGACCUGGCUAUUUUCCAUGAAGGGCUGCCAGAACGUUUGUAGCCAAGCAAGUGUCAAGAAGUUUUUGCUUUUUCAUUGAUUGAACUUUAAGUUGCCAUCAUUACAUCAAUGGGAGUAAAUUUUACCUUCAAAAGUUUUGUAAUGGUAAAAAUCACUGCCUGCAAUGCACCGCCAGGGUCCGAGUGGACAUAAUUGGCCAAAAUAUUAAGUUUUCUCACCUCCCUAACUGCCUCUGUAAUUGCUAAGUUGGUCCCUUUGUGAGAGGGGUCUACAGCGAAACAGCAGCAACUGGUUACUAAGGCCAAGUGCUAUUAGACCAAGCUUUAGAGUUCCAUUGUUUCUAGUAGUUGGAAAAACUGAAGAAAAUCUUACAAUAUCUCGUGUUCAAAGGACUGAGAUUCUCCAAUGUUUGGAUUUGAGAUCUGAGGCCAAUGGAUCUGCAGUAGUCUAUGUGGAGGCACUGAACUCUUGCCUCUUGCUGCCUACUCUGUUAAAAGACAGGUUUACAGCUCUGAGUGGUUUUCUGUAAUUUUUUCAAGACCAAGGAUUCUCAGCUUCAAAAUGAGAGUAGUUCUGUCUAAGCCAAGCACCACGUCAAUGGCAACAGGACAGUACCGCCGUUCCCAGCGGGGCUGCAGAUGGCUAUGUUUGGAAUGGGCUGUUUUUGGGGAGCAGAAAGGAGGUUCUGGAAGCAGGCGGGCGUCUACUCCACCCAGGUGGGCUACGCCGGAGGCUUCACCCCGAACCCCACCUAUGAAGAGACCUGCACAGAGGCAGGGCUGUGUAGAAUGCAGAGGUCAACACCGAGUUUGCCAGGGAGCUGUCCAUCUGCUGGUGCUGAAACCGCUCACUGCUACUACCGCUGGAGCUGCAGGUCACUGUGCCUUAAACCCAACGUCCCAAAUUCAUAUUUACCGCCGCAUUAGUAAUAGUUCACCAAGAGCGCUGAAAAUGUAUCAUUCCGACCCACACAUUAUCUUGUCCUGUCUUCGCCAUGAACUGGACCUCAGAAGCCUGCUGAGACAGACAGACAGUCAGGCAGACAGACAGAAUCUUCAUUCAAUAUGAGCCAUGACCCUCGGGCACAUCAGCCUAUAUAGAAUGCAUGUACCUGUCCAGACCACGGAGAGAGAGAGACCGGGAUCAUCCAAACAUGGCUGGUCAACUGGGUCCAGGUGACCAUGAUCUCUGCACCCAGAGCCUUCUGGGAAACAUGAGGAGAGGGGUGGAGGAGAGGUGUGAAGGAGGUGUGAAGAGGUGGGGGUUAGAAGAGAGAUUUGAGCCUGUGAGGGGGGAGAACUGUACACACAUACACACACACAUGCACACGAACACACACGCACACACACACACACAUAAGAUCACACGUUAACACGGCAAGCAGACAGCACUAAUCCCAGCAGAGGCUCUGCAGUGCGCAGAUUGGAAGGAGAUCCUCUGUCAACAUGGGAUUAGGGGCUGCAGGAAUGCACACACACAUACACACACACACACACAUACACGCACACACAGAAAAUCACAGUCUCCGUUUAGUGGGUCAAUCAAAUGUACAUUUUGGUCACUUCCAAUUUGAAGAAAUAUUUUUGUUUCCGGUCACAGAGUGCAGUGGCAGUUGGAGAGUGAUGGCAAAUGGACUUAUGUCUUCUGCUGAGCUUCAUGUUGGCAGCCAUCUUGCCUAUGUUCCCCUGAGCUGCCAGCAGUAAAGAUGGCUGUGUGUGUGUGUGUAUAUACAUCUCAUACGUCCUUCAGCUCACCCUGAGCCCUCAGCUCCACUGCCUGGCCAACUGAGUGAAGGAGCCACCAGAUGGAGGAAAAUGGGGCAGGAGGACUGGAUUUGUGAAACUAUGCGUGUGUGUGUGUGUGUGUGUGUGUGUGUGUGCACUAUAUUAUACACCAUCCUAAUUGUGUCUCAUGCACUCCCUCAUACCUCAGACUGUCUCCAGGGCAUGGCUGUGUUCUGCAAGCAGGUAUAUUGUAUAGUUCCUCUGUAGCUUCAGCCAGUAAUGACAGUGACCCUACAGGUUAGUUCUUAUUACUUUUUUAAUAUCCCAGCUGUAGAUGUGCUGCAGAUAGUGGAGAACACAGCCUCGUGAGCUGAUCAUAUUAAAUACCCACCGAUCUCAGUGGAAUAAACUCAUCUCGCUAGAAACGUCUUGAAUUCUGAAUAGAAGAGCUGGCCUUGGAGAAGCUGUUUUCUUCUCACCUGAUGUUCCAGUGAAACAUGGAGGAUGUCUGUCUCCACUAGAGUAGGGACUCAACUGUCCGGGAGCGAGGCUAAGAGAGACAGAAUGAGACAGGGAGAGAGAAGGGGGUCAGAGUGAAAGAGAAUCCCCAACCACAUCUCUAUGCAAUCAGCCCGUCUUGUUCUGUAGUCCCCAGCCCGUGUGAUUGGAGGACACUCCUGGCGCCUGAAGCCCUGGGACGGCUUCCUCAAUCAUUCUUAACCCCUCGCUUCCGGUACUCGAGUUUAACUCGCCGAUCUGCCGAUCUAGAGUCAGCUGAUCCUAACCAUAACCAUAAGUGUAAGGGAAUAUCUGAUCCUGAGCCAGUGGAUGGGGUCGACCUCCCCGCUUACUCCUCAAAACCUCCCCAUCUGCCCCG